GACACCCCGCCUUAACUCCGCGCCGGAAGGGAAAUCCCCUCACAGCACCGCGCAGGCGCCAUCUGGCUAGCUGAGGAAGGAGGGCGCCAAUUGGUCGCUCGGGGGAGAGCCGCGAUUGGCAGGAGGACUCCUCGGGGCGGUCCUUCCAGAGGAACAGGCGGAGCUUCUGCAGGAAAGGGCGCUCAGAGAGGUCCCGCCUCCACUUCCGGAAACGAAUAGAAUCGGCCGCGGAGGGGCUCGGAGCCAGAAGGAAGGAAGGAGGCGCCGCCCGAGAGGAGAGGAGGCCCCGCGGAGCAGCGCCGGGAGGAGACGGCGGGGAAGGCCCGGCAGGGAUGAGCCGAGGGGGACUCCGGGAAAGGAGGCCGCCCGGAGGGAGAAGCGGGGAGCAGGAAAGGGGCAGAGACCCCGAGACGGGCCUGGAGGGCGGAGGGUCCUUCGGCACAGGCGGAAGACUCAGAAAAUGCUACAGAAUCCAGGAGGCAGGAGAGAAAUAUGAAUGCCCAGAAUGUGGCAAAUCCUUCAAAACAAAAGGAAAACUUGAAAUCCAUCUAAGAAUCCACUCAGGAGAAAAGCCAUUUAAAUGCCUGGAGUGUGGAAAAAGCUUCAGUCAGAGCAGCACCCUUUAUAGACAUCAAAGGAUCCACUCAGGAGAGAAACCACAUAAAUGUGUGGAGUGUGGAAAGAGCUUCAGUGAGAGGAGCAGCCUUUAUAGACAUCAAAGGAUCCACUCAGGAGAUAAACCACAUAAAUGCCUGGAGUGUGGAAAGAGCUUUAGUGAGAGGGGAAACCUUUAUGCACAUCAAAAAAUCCACACAGGACAAACCCCGCAUAAAUCCCUGGAGUGUGAAAAGAGCUUCAGUCAGAGGAGGAGCCUCUAUGUACAUCAAAGGAUCCACACAGGAGAGAAACCACAUAAAUGCCUCAAGUGUGGAAAGAGCUUCAGUGUGAGGGAAAACCUUUAUAGCCAUCAGAAGAUUCACACUGGAGAGAAACCGCAUAAAUGCCUGGAGUGUGGAAAGAGCUUUACUUGGAGUGGACACCUACGUCGACAUGAAACAAUCCAUACUGGAGAGAAACCACAUAAAUGUCUGGAGUGUGGAAAAUGCUUUAGUCAGAGGAGCAGCCUUUAUGUACAUCAAAGAAUCCACACAGGAGAGAAACCACAUAAAUGCCUCAAGUGUGGAAAGAGUUUCAGAGUGAGGGGAUACCUUUAUACACAUCAAAAAAUCCACACAGGACAAAAACCACAUAAAUGCCUGGAGUGUGGAAAGAGCUUCAGUCAGAGGAAGAGCCUCUAUGUACAUCAAAGGAUCCACACAGGAGAGAAACCAUAUAAAUGCCUGGAGUGUGGAAAGAGUUUCAGUGUGAGGGGAAACCUUUAUACACAUCAAAAAAUCCACACAGGACAAAACCCGCAUAAAUGCCUGGAGUGUGGAAAGAGCUUCAGUCAGAGGAAGAGCCUCUAUUUACAUCAAAGGAUCCACACAGGAGAGAAACCACAUAAAUGCCUCAAGUGUGGAAAGAGCUUCAGUGUGAGGGAAAACCUUGAUACACAUCAAAAGAUUCACACUGGAGAGAAACCGCAUAAAUGCCUGGAGUGUGGAAAGAGCUUCAGUCUGAGGCAAAACCUUUAUAGCCAUCAGAAGAUUCACACUGGAGAAAAACCAUACAAAUGCCUAGAAUGUGGAAAGAGCUUUACUUGGAGUGGACACCUACGUCGACAUGAAACAAUCCAUACUGGAGAGAAACCACAUAAAUGUCUGGAGUGUGGAAAAUGCUUCAGUCGGAGGGGAAGCCUUUAUGCACAUCAAAGGAUCCACACUGGAGAGAAACCGCAUAAAUGCCUGGAGUGUGGAAAGAGUUUCAGUGUGAGGGGACACCUUUAUACACAUCAAUGGAUCCACACAGGAGAAAAACCGCAUAAAUGCCUGGAGUGUGGAAAGAGCUUCAGUCAGAGGGUAUACCUUUAUGAUCAUCAAAGAAUUCAUACUGGAGAGAAACCUUAUGAGUGCCUGCAGUGUGGAAAGAGCUUCACUCUGAGAUCAACUCUGCGUCGACAUCAAAGCAUCCACACUGGAGAGAAACCACAUAAAUGCCUGGAGUGUGGAAAGAGCUUCGGUCGGAAAGGAACUCUAUAUAGUCAUCAAAGCAUCCACACUGGAGAGAAACCUUAUAAAUGCCUGGAGUGUGGAAAGAGCUUCAGUUGGGCAGGACACCUUUAUAAACAUCAAAGGAUUCAUACUGGAGAGAAACCAUACAAAUGUCUGGAGUGUGGAAAGGGCUUCAAUCAGAGGGGAAAUUUUUAUACACAUCAAAGAAUCCACACAGGAGAGAAACCUUAUGAGUGCCUGCAGUGUGGAAAGAGCUUCAGUCAGAGGGGAAGCCUUUAUAGACAUCAAAGAAUCCACACUGGAGAAAAACCGCAUAAAUGCCUGGAGUGUGGAAAGAGCUUCAGUUGGAAGGGAAAUCUUAAAAUCCAUCAAAGAAUCCACACUGGAGAGAAACCGCAUAAAUGCCUGGAGUGUGGAAAGAGUUUCAGUCGGAGGGGACACCUUUAUACCCAUCAAAGGAUCCACUCAGGAGAAAAACCUUAUAAAUGCCUGGAGUGUGGAAAGAGCUUCUGUCAGAUUAACAACCUUUAUAGACAUCAAAGGAGCCACACUGGAGAAAAACCAUACAAAUGCCUAGAAUGUGGAAAGAGCUUUACUCAGAGUCGAAACUUACGUCAACAUCAAAGAAUCCACACUGGAGAGAAACUACAUAAAUGUCUGGAAUGUGGAAAAUACUUCAGUCACAGGGCAAGCCUUUAUGUACAUCAAAGGAGCCACACAGGAGAAAAACCGCAUAAAUGCCUGGAGUGUGGAAGGAGCUUUAUUCGGAGGAGCAACCUUUAUACACAUCAAAGGAGCCACACUGGAGAAAAACCUUAUAAAUGCCUGGAGUGUGGAAAAAGCUUCAAUCGGACGGGACACCUUUAUGCACAUCAAAGGAUCCACUCAGGAGAGAAACCGCAUAAAUGCCUGGAGUGUGGAAAGAGCUUCAGUCAGAGGGGCAGCCUUUAUGUACAUCAAAGGAUCCACUCAGGAGAGAAACCGCACAAAUGCCUCAAGUGUGGAAAGAGCUUCAGUCGGAGGGAAAACCUUUAUAGACAUCAAAGGAUCCACACUGGAGAGAAACCACAUAAAUGCCUGGAGUGUGGAAAGAGCUUCAGACAUAGGAGCAGCCUUUAUGUACAUCAAAGAAUCCACUCAGGAGAGAAACCGCAUAAAUGCCUGGAGUGUGGAAAGACCUUUAGUCAGAGUGGAAACCUUUAUGUACAUCAAAGAAUCCACUCAGGAGAGAAACUGCAUAAAUGCCUGGAGUGUGGAAAGAGCUUCACUGUGAGUGGAGCUCUACAUCAACAUCAAAGAAUUCACACGGGAGAGAAACCCUAUAAAACGGAGAUGACAGGCCUCCUUUGCCAUCCUAUCCCAGCUCGGCUGGAUGUCGCCAGUCAAGGGUGUGUCCCAGCCACGGACAAGCCGGCUGAAGGCUUAGAGGCCAAUACAAAGAGGAACAUUCAAAGCUGAACUUAAGCAUGCAAAGCUCUCUUUGGCAGAGGUUCUCGAACUCGGCGUCAUGCUCCCUGGGGAGAAAGGAACACCAUGAGGAGCAGUACAA